AGGAGAAGUGUAGGGGGUGUAAAGUGGGAGUCUCAUUGCUACAUACCAAUGAAAAAAAAAAAAUUACAUUAGGUUAAGUUACGUAAAGUCUAGACUAACUCAACCUCAUAAAUGUGGCAUAUUUUUCUUCAAAUGCAAAAGUUAACUUGACAAUAGUCAAGGUCCUCCUGUAGAGAAAACACUGUAGUGGCCGUUUGCUUACAUUCUGACAGCCAACCAUUCACAAUAGACGAAACAGCUGUCAACGAAGAAGGAGCAUAUGACAAAUUCGCCAGGCCGAUGGGUACACAAAAAUUUUCGCUGAUUGCACAAAUGUAUAAAAUUUGUUAGGAGGACUCAAUUAAAAAGCGUAGGAAUAAUUUUAAUUAUUAAAAGGUGAGAUUUAUCAACGAUCAACCAGCGCCAUGGCGGAGCAUACGUUCCUCGGCACUUGGGAGAUCGUGUCCUGCACCUUUGAACAUAAAGCGGAAAUUUCUGGAUUGGAAGGCAUUAAAUUUCGCCUGGAUGAUACGAAUGAUAUAACAUGGUAUAAUGAUUUGGUUAAUCCACUUCCAAAAUCAAAAGACUGCGGUACUUGCUGCGAUUCGGCAAGUGUCUUAUUUAGUUGUGAAACAUUCGAUGUGAACGAAACAAAUCCACGUUUAGUAUUCGGCGCCUUUGCUGGUCAUAGCAUAGAAUUUAGAACAAACACUUUAACACCGACUGAUACGCUUAUCUUGGACUGCGAAAGCUGGUAUACAUUAGAGUGCAAGCGGCUGAAGGAGUGCCACGCUGCCGGGCAAGAAAAAGAGUUCUCCUUCGCAGAGGCGCUGCAAGAGUCGUACUUCUCGGAUGUAAUCAUUAAAAGCUCUGAUGGCUUUGAUUUCCAUGCGCACUCUUCCGUUUUACGCCUAAAUGGCUUCGACUGCAGCAUGUGUGUGCUGACGAACGAGUCAAUGUUGCCGCAGCCACCUACUGCUUGUAAAAACCACGACAUAUUGCAACCACAGCAGUACCAACAACCUCAUAAAGGCCAGGAUAGUGAGGGAGCUGGCACUUUACUUGGUGCGUCCAAUGCCAUCAAGAUUUCUGUGACGCUGCCCAUAUCAUGUUCUGAUAACAAUGACGAUAGCCAGAAAUCAUUGCCGCGUCUCAAUCUGUCGCCCAUAUAUCUGCAACCGCCCUGCGAAUAUUCAAAUGUUGGCAGCAACAGUGGCUUAAUAGCUCAUCGCAGUGCACAUUUGUCAAACUCUUUUAAUUGCCUCUCGAGUAGCGCCAACAACUAUGAUAAAAACGCGUCCAAUGCAGAAGGCGGAGGAAUGCGUCGUUUUCCACCCACUUCCAAUUCCGAUUCUCAUCUCGAAACGCAGUCUCAUUGCAAAAAUAUAUUUAAUUUCUGUCAAGAUUUUUUGCUGCAACCCACAGAGCCAACUACUGUGUGUAAUACCAGACGCCCGCCUCUGUCACCAUAUCGCGCACGCAGCCCUUCGCCCUUUCCCAGCUCAAUGGAUACGCCGCCUUCUUCGCCUCUAACACCGGUGGGCGUUCUAUACAACUUGCCGACAUUUUUGUUGACGCCAGUGCUUCAUUGGUUAUACACUGAAUCCCUGAUGCCUGAUAUGGACGAAAAUGUUUGCGAGAAGCUGAUAAAUUUCGCGGAAACGCAACCUUCUCUCACAAAAAUGGUUGACCCAACUAGAAAGUAUUUGAAACUGAUACAGCUUAAGAAGUUUGUGAUUAAUACUCUA